GCGCCUUUUUUCUCUCGGUGGCGGUUUUCCCCGCUCACGGCUGAACAAGCUGAUUUUUUUAGUUCCUAUUUAGCAGUGCAAAGAUGGCAGAGAGCGGCUACGAGUCGGUGAUAUGUGUAAAGCCGGAGGUGCACGUCUACCGCAUCCCGCCGAGGGCGACGAACCGGGGCUACAGGGCUGCAGACUGGAAGCUGGAUCAGCCGUCAUGGAGUGGGAGAAUGAGGAUCACUGCGAAGGGGAAGAUUGCAUACAUUAAACUGGAGGAUAAAACAUCAGGGGAGCUGUUUGCCCAGGCGCCGGUAGAGCAGUACCCAGGGAUCUCGGUGGAGAGUGUCACUGACUCCAGCAGAUACUUUGUUGUUCGCAUCGAGGAUGGAAACGGACGUCACGCUUUUAUUGGGAUCGGAUUCGUGGAUCGAGGGGAUUCCUUCGACUUUAACGUAGCGCUUCAGGAUCAUUUCAAAUGGGUGCGGCAGGAGGGAGAGCUGGCCAAGCAAGCGCAGAGCGGGGAGAACGCCGGUCCCAAACUGGACCUCGGCUUCAAGGAGGGACAGACCAUCAAAAUCAACAUCGGGAAUAUAAAGAAAAAAGAAGACAAAACAUCUAAGUCCCGACCAGCAGGCAGUGGCUUUUUAUCCCCUCCCCCUGGAGGGAAGGGCAUUGGUGUGAUCCCACCCCCAGUGAGCCAGCCUCCUGGAAUCAUUGAGCCACCUGUGUCUCAGACGCCACAGACAUCUACUUCAGCAGACGUGCUAUUUGAUCUCAGCCCCCCGGCCCCCUCCAGCAGCGGGACUGAUAUGUGGGGUGACUUCGCCGCUGCCCCCAGCUCAGCUCCUGGUCAGACCCCUCAUACUCCAAACUGGGUCCAGUUUUAAUGGAUCCCAGAUUUCCCGGUUUCACAUUCCCUGGAUGAGGGGCUCGUUUGCAGUGAGGACCAGCGUUUUUACUGCCGGUCGGCGCUGUGGGAUUGGGGAUCAGAUUUGGAGCACUUCGAUUCUGAUAUCGCUCCAGUUAACUUGGUGUUCACUUUUGUGUUUUACAUGGUCCGGCCCGACCUGAAUCUGUAGUUCAAAGGAGAAGUUCACUUUCUACUAUGAAUCAAGGUAAAAUGUGUCCUGGGGAAAGAAAGUUGAGGAAGAUAUCAUCUGGAAAAAUGCAUUGCAUAAUACAUAUAUAAACCAGCCAGUAUCACUUCAUGGAAAUCUGCCCUCUUCCCACUAAAAACACUUAAUUAAAAUGAAUGAUUACCAAGCUUUUCUGUAGUCAUUUAACCCAAGGUGCUUUCAGUCUGGAUCAGCGAUUGCAUUCUAUAUAGAAAACCAACACAAGAGUGAACUGAACCAGCUUCGACCCCAGAGUGAACCAGUCCCAAUUGAACAGACAUCUUUAUUUCUCAGAUACUGGGAGUCUCUCUGCCGGUAGCAGAAUAUAUUUUUUUUUUCGGGUUUAAAUUUGGGAAAGUUUAACCUUGUUUCCUGAUUCCAGGGAAUUCCUUUAACUUCCAUUCCAUCCCCACGUCCCUUUCCCCCCAAAAAACAAAAACAAUUUUACACACGGGCGUUAAGGCUGUGGAUCGCGUAUUGUAUGCUCUCGAAAAACAUGAUCUGCGCAAGUUCAAAAUCGAUCUGUUAUAUUGAAGUUUUGAGCCCACUAAAAAGAUUCAAUUCUAAUGAUGCGAGACAGCUGUGCUUGUGUGAGGGCACAGAAACCUCACCAUGGAUCGCAUGUUACAGUAUUCUAAAUUGACAUUAAAUAUUCAUGUAUAUCACAAUGCAUUUUAUAUAUAUAUAUUUUUUAUCUUCCAGAAUAUUUUUUUAAAUAUACUGAAAUAUCUAAAAGUCAUAUGAAAUGUGUUUUGCUAUUUUUCCCCCUUGUGUGAGUAGCCCUCCAAGGCAGCGAUCUUUGAGCAUCACAGCACCUUAUCACGACUGUGUAAAAUGACAGUGUGCGUGUUUGUCUUGAAAUGUUUUGCAAAGAGGCUUAGGAAGGUAUUGCACUUUCUAAGCUGAAAUAGUGCUAAGGAUGCAAUUUAGUAUUCCAGGAAUGUGCAGUCCCCAGGCCAAAAAUAAGAGAUCUGUCUGUCAUAGAAACUGAAACCUUUACAAAUAAGCAAGUUAUAGGAAAACAUUAUUAUUAUUUUUUUUUUUUUUUUUUGGGUUCAAUUUCUACUAAUACCACUAACAACCGCAAAGCGUGGUUUGGGAUAGGCACCAUACCUUGAGCGUUCCCUAAUGCAGUUCAGUGUUCUGACUUGAAGGACCACAUGGUUAAUGUGUCUUAAUAGAGGAAUUCUGCUGUUUAAUUGAAUUGUCAUAGCAGUACCAGUUUUCUGUUCUGUCGUUUUAAGUACGUGAGUUUUUAUGAAGCUACUUUUUAAUGUAAAACCCAAAGCUUGCAGCUACUUGUGAGGCACAGCAUUUUCCCCGAAAUAGAGCAUUCUGCAUGUUGUAAAAUAUCACUUUUAUUGUACAGUUGAGGUGUGCAGCCUAAUGCUAAGUUGAAAAUAAGUGGUAGGUUAUAAAAUUACUAUGCACAGACCCAUUAAAAAAAAAAAAAAAGAUUUGACUCUAAAUUUAAUUAAAUGGCCUGUAUCUAUUCAUCCACGUCAUUCAUUCCCAAAUUCCAGUGAAACAGAUUUCAGAUUUUUUUUUUUUUUGUGGUACUGCAGCAGAUGGACCAGCCUACAGAUACAGCAUUGCACUAGAUCACGUUUAUGUUUUUUUGUGUGAGUGUGUGUGUAUAUAGCAGCAGCAGCAGCAGUAAUGUGGGAGCUUGUUGUAAAAACAAUUUGUGGUUCUCCAUGUCUUGAAUAUUUAGCAAGCCAGCGGGUUGUCUAACAGCCAGAUCAGAGUACCUUCUUUGGAUGGAACUCUGCACUAUCUCCUGUGUCCACGGUGUUCUGGCUCAUUUUGGAAUUGUUGCAUUUUGUCAUAUGACCGGGUCUUAUAAGGAAUGUACCUGUUUCACAUUUGCAGUUUCAUCAAGAUCUCCUGAACUGCUUACUCAGUUGGAAUGACAUUUGAUGUAGGCAUUCCUUAGCACGUUAUUGAGGGUACAAGACUUUUUGAAUGGGUUCUGGGCUAAUGACUUCAGAGGGUAAUACCCGAAUGUCAUUUUGCAUGGACAUGCUACAGCCUGCUUGUCUGAGAAACCACUUUUCCAUUUUUGAUGAAACUACAGAACUUGUUUUGAGAUGCUCUUCAUGCUGUGGUUGUCUAAUUGAAUAUGAAUGUGAAGGCAGGUCCACGAAUGCUUUUUAAAUGCUCCUAUAGUAUGUUUUUUGUAACACAUUCUAUGUGAAGUUGGGUUUACUGGGUGGGUGGGUUUGGGGCUGUCUUUAUUACUCCAAAGUGCCUUUCAAGGGGGUUUUGACUUUCCGAUGCAUGGACUGUUAAAACCAGCUGCUGAACGUGAUACCAUAAGUUGUAAAUAAAGAUUGUCGUCUUACCUGUCAAA